CAGCCAUAGAGGCUGGCCACAGGAGGAGGAGGGGCCUUGGCGAACCUGGGACCUGAAAGCUUUCCUGAGGGUUCUGCUCUCAGACGAGCUCUUCUACCAGAGUAGGGAAACGACCCCGGCAGCUGCUGAAGAGCACAGAGACGAAGGAGCUGCCUAGGCUCAGAAGGACAAGCAACAGGAAUCACACCCAGUUUCUCUUUAAUGAGCACACAUCCACAGACAAAAUGGGCAGCAAUGGCACAAGCAAUACAGUCAACAACUGCAGUAACACGAAUGUAACGUUUCAGUACUCACUUUAUGCAGCCACAUAUAUUGUGAUCUUCAUCCCUGGCCUUUUGGCCAAUAGUGUAGCCCUGUGGGUCUUGUGCCGCUUCAUCAGCAAAAAGAACAAGGCCAUCAUCUUCAUGAUCAAUAUGUCUGUGGCUGAUCUCGCCCAUGUUCUCUCACUACCACUGCGAAUCUAUUACUACAUUAACCACCACUGGCCAUUCCAGGAAUUCCUGUGCCUUCUCUGUUUCUACCUGAAGUACCUCAACAUGUAUGCGAGUAUCUGCUUCCUGACUUGCAUUAGCCUGCAACGAUGCUUCUUCCUAAUCAAACCUUUCAAGGCCCGAAACUGGAAGCGCAGGUAUGAUAUGGCCAUCAGUGCUGCCAUCUGGAUUGUCGUUGGGACUGCCUGCUUGCCCUUUCCUAUCCUGAGAAGUGUUAGCCUGACCAACAAGUCCCAAUGCUUUGCUGACCUGGGAUACAGGCAGAUGCAGAUGGCAGCCUCAGUGGCAGUGAUCACAUUGGCUGAACUGGCUGGCUUUGUGGUUCCUGUUGUCAUCAUUACCUGGUGUACCUGGAAGACAGUGAUAUCUUUGCAGCAUCCACGUGUGACCUGUGAAGGGGACACUGAGAAGCAGAAAGCUCUUCGAAUGGUCUUCAUGUGUGCUGGAGUCUUCUUUAUCUGUUUCAUACCCUACCACAUAAACUUCCUUUUUUAUACCUUGGUGAAGGAAAAAGUUAUCACUAGCUGCUCUAUCAUUCAAAGCACACUUUAUUUCCACCCUUACUCCUUGUGCCUUGCAAGUCUAUGUUGCUGCUUAGAUCCAAUCCUGUAUUACUUCACGACUUCUGAGUUCCGUGACCAACUCUCCCGCCAUGGUAGUUCAGUGAUCCGAUCCCGGCUUAUGAGUAGGGAGAGUGGCUCUUCAAUGGUGAGCUAAGUAAGCCUAUCUCCAAAACCUUGCUUUUCUCUUAUAUUCUUUAGCUUGCACCUAAAGCCAAAGUAAUAGCCAAAUUGUAGAUGGAGUUACUGAAUGCUUAGUAUAAGGGCAAUGUUCAUAGAAGGAGGCAGAGAUAUUGUUUGUCUGAACUAUUUUUGUUCUGAAAUUGAGGACUCUUAUUUACGAAAACAAGAUUAAAGCCUGACAUGUUUCGGAUGGAAGAAAAAAGUUGUUGCCAUCUCGCUGAAAAUGUUUUCAGUAAAUUGUCAUAAUUUCACCCAGUGUGUAUAUUCUUUUUUUAAAACAUAUUUUUUUUCAUUGUACAUAUUUCUUUUCUGUAGAAAAAAGCCCAGAAGCCUAUCUUGAAUUACUUUUUAGGUGCCAAUGCUCAUUCCCUUCCUUUUAUAUAAUGUGGAUGAAAAAAGCCAGUCUCUUAGAUGUGAGGAUUAUAUAAGCAAAGGGGAAAAAACAAUAGAUAAAAUUUGGCCCCUAGUUCCUUUUUUGGGGGAAGAAAAAGGAGAUUGGACCUUAUCCCAUCUCAUCUAGUUGAUACAAUUCAGUGGAUGAGAAUCCAGCUCUUCACUUUGCCCACGAAGACACAGACCAAAACUGGGUCAGCAUAUCUGAAUAUGACUUGAAUGGUGUAUACCAGUUUGCCUGUGGUCAUUGCACUGGUCCUUCUGGGAGUAGAACUGGUUCUUUGUCUCUUAGUUGACUCAAGACAUACAAGUUUUUCUGAUAACGUCCCAUUCUGUAGUGCUCACAGAUCUCGUCCUAAAGAUUCAAGCAAUCCAUUCCUUAAAAGGGAUAUCUCACUUUAAAUAUGGCCCCUUAGGUAUUUCAUUAAAUCAUUGAUACAACUAUGGCCCAAAGGUUCAAGCUCAUUAACCUGACUUGGGAAAAAGAAAAAGAAAAACUGAUAAUUUUAAUUAAAUCAGAUAUAUCUCAGACUUAACUCUUUCACUCUACACACACAUGCUUAUUUGCAUAUAGUGAGGGGCCUAUACGGUAAAGCUAUUUGCUCAGGUAUACUGGUACAACAGCAGAGAAGCCCAAGGAGAGAGGCAUAAUAGACAAAUUAGUUUCUGACCAGAAGGCAUGUGAUAGGAGUAUAACUAACGAGAUUUCAUUUUUUAAAAAUACAAUGUUAUUGAUCUCUUUUUUUUUAUUUAAUAUUUCUUGAUAUGCAAAGUGAAGUGCCUUGUACAUAUUGUUGUUAUUUAGUUCUGUUUGACUCUUCAUGACCCUGUAGACCAUAGUAUUUCAAUACUGUGCAGAGAUUGUUCUUGGCAAAGAUACUGGAGUAUUUUUGCCAUCUCCUUCUCUAAUGCAUUAAGGAAAACUGAAGUUGAAUGAUUUGCCCAGAGUCAGAUAUGGAGUAAAUAUCUGAGGCUGGAUGUAAACUCAACACGGCUUGAUUCUGGGCCCAGCAUUCUAUCUAUUGAGCCACCUGGAUGCCUCUACAUUGCACAUUAUGCAUACUUAAUAGAUGCUUCUUCAUUCAUUCAUUCAUUCAUUCAUUCGUCUACUACUCUUCCUCUGGUAGUAUUUUCCUUUGUUAAGAAGUAAUCUACCUGCCUGUACAAGGAGGGAUUGAUUUUCUGAUGUGGAUAAAUACCCAUAGAGAAGCUCCAUAAGUGCUGUGGACAAUAUAAUUGGCUUUGGAAAAUGAUUUUCAUUUUGAUUUAUAAGUUCUGACAUAUUUAUAAAUAUAUCAUGGGACCUCGAGCAAGUCACAAUUUGCCUGGGUCUCAGUUUUCUCAAAUUAAAUGUAUUGGACUAAGUGACUUAUAAAGUUGCUUCCAUAUGUAAUGUAAAUCUAUGAUUUUCUGGUUUUGACAACUUAGUCAUUCUUGAAACUCCUUUGAAAUGGCAAAGAGUGAUGUGUGGAGGACUUUUGACGAUGAUGAAAAACACUUCAGAUUUUGUGGCUAUAAGCUUUAAGUUUGUCCACCAUUCAAGGCCAAAUUUUUAGGGUUGGAUUUUUUUUGACCCUGAAAAAAGGCAGCAGCGGAUGGCUGAUGCAGUAACUGAGGAAGCAAAUACAUAUAUUUUUAAAGAGAUGUGUACCUUGCAUUACGUUGUGGCAUGAGACAGACUUUCCUGGUUUCAUUUCUCCACGAACGUUCCAGUGGUAUCUAGCAUCCCCAAGAUGCCCAUCAACAUCUUCCCCAAGAAGCUCUUCCAGAAUUCCAUCACCCUGUUAUGAUAGUCCCACCUUUUGACUGGUCAGAAUAAUAAGGCAGAAAUUGUGAAGAAAUACAGUAACAACUUUGUGCAGUGAUGUAUUAUAUUCAAUCAAUUAUAUGUUAUUGUUAAUUGUUGCUUUUUGGUUUGUACACGUUUUAGAAAGCUUUUUAAUAUUCAGUUUCAAGAUACAACACGGUGUAUAUUUCAUUAAAUAGUUGAUAAAGCACAA